AUGUGUGACCUGUUGAUCACCUGCUCCCAGACACUAUGCCAUCUGGACUACGAAGGAUGGGCUCCUCUUGAGGAUAGCGAACCCGAGGAACGCACAGUUACCCUCCCGGUCCUCCGGAAUUUGCGCCUGGCCUUCAUCGACGAUAUCGCCGCGCUGGCUUCGUGCAUAGUGGCCCCGGCACUCCUCAACUUCACGCUCCACGAUGUGCUGUUUUGCCCCACCCUGCUGCCUGUGGUGGACCGUCGAGCUGCGACGUUGCGAGACGAGAUAGCGGCAGUUUUCGAUUCAUUAGGUCGCUCCAGCUGCACCACUGUCACGAGAUUGCGCCUCGUGGGGCUCGGGCAUUGCCAACGCUCCGACGUGGACACCUUUUUUGACCGGAUGCCCAAUCUCACUGACCUAGAGAUCUCGCUGUGCGACCGCGUCUACCAGGAAGCACUGUUCCAACCCGAAUCCUGUUUUCGUCUGCCCCGGAUCGUGUUCCCCAUUCUCUCAUCUUUGACGACUACCCUCGUUCGACCCACGGAUCUCGCGCGCUUCCUGUUGCGACACAAAACCCUGGCAUCAGCAGUAAAGCCGUUGAAGAAGCUCGACGUUACGCAAAAACAGAUUGCUGAUGCCUACGCUCGCCCCGGAAUUUGCUCAAUUCUGGCAGUGGUACUGGAGAUGAGUCGUAAAGAGGGAAUGUUGGUGUCGGCCACCCAGGAUCCGCGCAUUUAUGUAGUCGAAUAUUGA